AUGGCAGGAAGGUCCAAGGGGGUGCUGAGGGCUGGGAGCGCCGUGGGCGAGAGGCUGCGCGAGGCCUUAGGCCUCCAGUGGUGUCUGUGGGCCACGGGCUCAUGGUCCGUCCUGUCCCUGGAGGGUCCUCCUGGGUGCCCUGGGGUUGUGAGGGCUCGUGGGGAGGUGCCGAGCUCGGCUGUGCGGGGCCACCCAGCGCUCGGAGCAGGGACGCGGUUUGGAGGAGCCCAGAGCCUGUCGUCCGGUGCCAAGAAGCCGCGGAGCCGCAGCAUCUUCCAGUCCCUCUUCUGCUGCCUGUGCCACGAUGACACCGAGCCCUUCUCCGUCAACAACAACGCGCCGCUGCUGGUGGAGGAGAACGGCACCGUGCCCAAGGCUGCCAUCAAGCACCUCCUGCCCGAGAUCAAGCCGCAGGACGCCAGCAAGCUGUGCGUGGUCAUCGACCUGGAUGAGACGCUGGUGCACAGCUCCUUCAAGGUGUACGUGCUGAAGCGGCCACACGUGGACGAGUUCCUGCAGCGCAUGGGCGAGCUCUUCGAGUGCGUGCUCUUCACCGCCAGCCUGGCCAAGUACGCUGACCCCGUGGCCGACCUGCUGGAUAAAUGGGGGGCUUUCCGAGCCCGGCUCUUCCGGGAAUCCUGCGUCUUCCACCGGGGCAAUUAUGUGAAGGACCUGAGCCGCCUGGGCCGCGACCUGCGCCGAAUCAUCAUUGUGGACAACUCACCCGCUUCCUACAUCUUCCACCCCGACAACGCGGUGCCCGUGGCCUCGUGGUUCGAUAACAUGGCAGACACGGAGCUGCUGGACCUGCUGCCCUUCUUCGAGAGACUCAGCAAAGUGGAAGACGUUUACACAGUGCUCAAGAAACACCGGACUAACAGCUAGUGCCCCCGGGCGCCGCU